UCCAUUGCGGAGGCUGCCGCUCGCCAUAUUGUGCUGCUGGGGCUGCGGCGGCACCGCCGGCGGGAGAGGGCGACGGGAGCGAGCGGCGCGGCGGCAGCAGCGAGCGGCGCGGCGGCCUAAGGGGAGAGCCCGGCAUGUCUCAAGCCGUGCAGACCAACGGGACGCAGCCUCUAAGCAAAACAUGGGAGCUCAGUUUGUACGAGUUGCAAAGAACGCCUCAGGAAGCAAUCACCGAUGGCUUGGAGAUCGUGGUGUCGCCCAGGAGCCUGCACAGCGAGCUCAUGUGUCCCAUCUGCCUGGAUAUGUUAAAAAACACCAUGACGACAAAAGAAUGUUUGCAUCGCUUCUGCGCCGAUUGUAUCAUCACAGCCCUCAGGAGCGGCAACAAAGAAUGUCCCACGUGUCGUAAAAAGCUCGUUUCAAAAAGAUCCCUGAGACCAGAUCCCAAUUUCGACGCUCUCAUCAGUAAAAUUUAUCCCAGCCGCGAUGAAUACGAAGCUCACCAGGAGCGAGUGCUGGCAAGGAUCAGCAAACACAACAACCAGCAAGCUCUGAGUCACAGCAUCGAGGAAGGAUUAAAGAUUCAGGCCAUGAACAGGUUACAGAGGGGCAAGAAGCAGCAGAUUGAGAACGGCAGCGGCGCGGAGGACAACGGCGACAGCUCGCACUGCAGCAACGCCUCGACGCACAGCAACCAGGAGGCAGGACCCAGCAAUAAAAGAACCAAAACAUCAGACGAUUCGGGGCUAGAACUGGACAAUAACAACACAGCCGUGGCCAUAGACCCCGUCAUGGACGGGGCGAGUGAAAUCGAGUUGGUCUUCAGGCCUCACCCCACCCUGAUGGAGAACGACGACAGCGCGCAGACGAGAUACAUCAAGACCUCGGGCAACGCCACCGUGGAUCACUUGUCCAAGUACCUGGCGGUGAGGUUGGCUUUGGAGGAGCUUCGUAGCAAAGGAGAAUCCAACCAGAUGAACCUGGACACGGCCAGCGAGAAGCAAUAUACCAUUUACAUCGCUACCGCCAACGGGCAGUUCACGGUACUGAACGGCUCGUUUUCCUUGGAACUGGUCAGCGAGAAGUACUGGAAAGUGAACAAACCCAUGGAACUGUACUAUGCACCCACAAAGGAACAUAAAUAAGCUGUGCUGGAAAACAGAGACGGGACUAACUCUUUUAUAGCUACAACUUUAAUAUUAAAAGAAGGCACCACCUUUAUCUUCAUGGACAGCACACGUGAUGCCUUCAGGCUCUCUCAGUAUACUUAUUAAUAUGGUUAGACAGUAUUCUGGGUUGUAUUUAAUUUAGUCUUUGUUUUGGGGUUUUGCUUUUUUCCCUAGGAGACUAAAUGACCUUCUCCAGUGCAUUCCAGUGGUUGACAUGCUUUUUUGUUCCUAAUGCAUGAUAACGAGUGUUCCGGUUUGGAAUGUCUUCAUUUUGUCCAGGUAAAUCUGGAUUUCUCGUCCAUAUGACACAGUGGCCUCUGGGAAGUACUGAGCAUUGGGUGGCCAAGUCGGUCUGUUCAGUAGUCACACAUGCCAAGGGCUCUGUUCAAUGUUGUCAUUUGCUGAUGGUUAUCCGCAUAAAAAAUUGGUGGAGGAUUGAUUUCCGAGUCUUGCAGCUUGAGGUUGAUUCCCUAGGGAAGAUUUAUGAGUAAUUUUCUUGUGAACAAAUAGAGCUGUAGCGAGAAAACGGACACUUUAAACCCUUCCUGUUUACUGGGCUGAAUGCUUCAGCGUGAGGUGAUUCGCGAGUCUGGUUUGCUUUUCAUUUUCAAUAAAUAUCUCACUCGGAAACCUUUUAACAUCCCAAACCCAUAACCCUGUGUAGAACACGCCAGCCUUGCUGCGCACUGCAGCUUCCCGGCUGCGCUGUUAUCCUGUCCUCGCAACCUUAAUCGUUCUGGAUGUUUUAUAUCCCUGCUCUAUUUCCCAUAAUAACAGAUUUUUAUUGUGAAUGUAUUGGAAUGUUCUGUAAAGAACCCCCCGAAAACUUUUUUAAAAGCAAAUCCCCCAAAAUUCCAGCACAUGGACAUAAUGCAACGUCCAAACGCUUUGCUUUAUGGAAUUUGUGCCACCCCAGCUGGGAGCUUAUCCGGGCUCCAGUUUGAGGAGGGAGGACUCCAACCAGAAGCUGCUCAUAGAUUUAGUUUCUUUCCUUUUUUAUUUUUUGCCAUAGCUUUAACAAACGUGGCUUAGCACUUUGGAAGACGAUUUUAGUACUUGACGAAGUUUACCAUUUAGUGUCUUAACUUUAGGUUCAAGUUUGACGGACUUGGCAGCAGGCAGUUGUGUCCGGUCCCACAGCUGCUGUCGGCACCUGAAGCAAAAGAAGUUGCUAUGAUAGGUGAGAAAUAUUACAAUACGCUUUCCAGUAGAUGGUGUUGCUGCUGCUUUGUCUUGCCUGUAGUUAGACUGGUUUUGGUACAGAAGUGUUCAGAUGCUCGGGGAUGCUCUUAGGAGGGAAUCAUCCUUCUGUCGCAUCCAUCUCUCCAGCCUGGCACUUGUAAAUAAACGUAUCCACUCCGGUUGCUGUUGAAGACCAGCUUGAUCCUGAUGUGAAAACUCCGUGGUUUUCUUUGAGUAACUUGGUUAUUUUCUCUUACUGGAAAGACUUGCGUUUUUCUGUGACAUGAAACUGCAAUUUUCAGGCCCCAGAAUGCAGAGGGGGCAGUUUUUAAGGCAAUUAAUGACUUUCUGGUGAAAUGGUGCAUUGUAUAGACUAGUAGUGCAUGUCCACUAAAUAUUAUCUGGGGGGUGGGGGAGUGGUGAUUAUAAAUGCUUUAAAGUUGAUGGGGAAACCUUCUAGCUUAGUUGCAGCAUCCCUUCCCAGUGUGAUUGCCCAGGGGACGUCCAGUCCCAGCGAGAGGUGUUUGUGAGGCCGAGCGGUCUGUCUAGGAGUCUGUCUGUCACUUUGUCCCCAAGUUCUUUAAGAAGCGUGGGAGAAUGUGAAGCUUUUAUUUUCAUGUUGUAGUGAAUUUACUGAAUAUUUAUGUUCUUUAAAUAUUAUUAUAUAUAUAUAUAUAAUGUAGUUGUUUGAUUAAACCAUCGAUUGCACUGUGACUCUCUAGUGCUAUAAACUAUUUUGUUUUCAAAAUGACUUUACUCUUCCGCCUUUUAAAGCCAUGUUAUUUUUUAAGUACAUAAUGUAUUAGGUACGGGUAAGCCUAAUAGCUCUAGUAUCCAACUGAAGUGACACUGAAACUCUUGAAUUGACAAUAAAAGCAAAAAUGUUUUAACAAGC